GCAGCAGCUGUGGGCGUGGCCAUGGUGCUGGUGCUGCUGGUGGCCAUUCCGCUACUGGUACACAGCACGAAAGGAGGCGGUUCUGGAGGUGGGACGCAUUACGAAAUGCUGGGCAGUUGCAGGAUGGUUUGUGACCCUUUCACCCCGCCUCAAAGCGGCCACGAGCUGGCCGCCGUUUCCCCGCCACCUCCAGAUUUCACGGCGCGAAGAGGGAAGUCGGGAAUUCGCGGGACACCAGGUAUCCCCGGGCCUCCAGGUCCCCGCGGACCCCCAGGAGAGCCAGGCAAGCCUGGUCCUCCAGGACCCCCCGGCCCUGGGCCUGGAGGCUACGUGCCCUCCUUCUACAGCCCAAAGAUCGCUUUCUAUGCAGGUCUUCGCAAGCAGCACGAGGGCAGCGAGGUGCUCAAAUUUGACGAUGUGGUGACCAAUGUGGGCAACUACUAUGAGCCCAGCACUGGCAAGUUCACCUGCCCCCUGCCUGGCAUCUAUUACUUUACCUACCACGUGCUCAUGAAGGGAGGGGAUGGAACCAGCAUGUGGGCGGACCUGAAGAAGAAUGGACAGGUGCGGGCCAGUGCCAUCGCUCAGGACGCUGAUCAGAAUUAUGACUAUGCCUCCAACAGUGUGAUCCUACACUUGGAUGUGGGGGAUGAGGUGUGUGUGCAGUUGGAUGGGGGUAAAGUCCAUGGGGGCAAUACCAACAAAUACAGCACCUUCUCUGGCUUCCUCAUAUACCCAGACUGA